AUGAAUCGUUUAAAUUCUUAUCCAUUGUCAAGAGAGAAGAAAAACGGGGAAAAAACUUUGAAAAAAUUAGCCCGUGCCAAUACUUGCGCAAGCACUACUUCGGAUUUGAUACUUAAGAAUGGCUCAAACAUACAGCUACUAUCUGAUCCUAAUUCAAACGCAAUAGCAUCACCAGUUAUAUCAAUUAAUGAAUUGCUCAAUAUUUAUAUGACUGAUUCACCUUCUCCGACAGGUCCUCCAAUAGAUGCAAUACAAUCUCCUUUGACACCUUCAGACUUCGUUUCCCCGGUGCCUAAAAUUGCAUUCUCUCCCAAAGCUUCUUUUGAAAACAGCUGUUUGAUACAGAGAGAAAGAAUUCUCGAGGAACUCAUUGAAAGUGAAACCAACUACGUUAAUUCUUUGCAAUUGUUGUUGAACUUUUAUAUAACACCUUUGUCUAACGCUAAGUCUUGCAGUAUUAUGUUUACACUCGUGAAAUCCAGCAUCGGCGUUUUGCAAGUUAAUCACAAUAAGUUAUUGAGAUUUUUACAUUCUGUAGCUGACGAUGUUUCCAUUAAAAAGAAUUCACUGAUCGCCGCCGCAGCAUUUGCAUCAGGGAUAUGUGAAUACGGAAUAGAUACUUAUGUAUAUGAAGAGUACAUAUCUGAGUAUGCUGAUAUUACCAGACUAAUCAACUCCAAGCAUGCGGAAAACUCAACAGCUUCCUACUUAGCACUUCAAACUCAGAUAAUAUCUGGAUCAGAGACUUACCUACAGCAUACUCAACCUUCCACUAUGCAUAUGGAUCUUUCCUUUUUUUCAUUGAUGCAAAGACCAGUCUCUCGAAUAUCCAAGUACAGAUUAAUAGUAGAACUACUAUUAAAUAAUACCUUUGAAAUUGACCAAAAUUACUACUGCGUCCAGAACUGUUUGAAUGUGAUCAAAGCAAAAUUAAAUACUGUUAACAAGUCAUUAAUGAAAAUCAAAGAACUAAACGUAUCAAACCACAUCCAUACAUUGGUCGAGGGAUUGGACAGACCCAUUGAAUACUUUGGAAAGUUAAAUCUAUCUGGUUCAUUGCUAUGUAUAUGGGUUGAAGGUGGUGAAGUCAAGAGUAGCUGGGCUUCCAUCCUCUGCUUUAAGUCUUACAUUUUGAUAAGUUCGGUAACAUUGAACGAAAACCAAACCACUUGUACCAACACGUUUAUCAUACCUCUCAAUUCUUGCUCGGUAUCAAAAGACUACAUCAAUUCCGCAAACUUCGGUGGCCUUGUAAGUGAUUAUCCAUUGAGCUUAAAACUUCAAUUUGAGAACAGCUAUUGCAAGUACGAACUUUUAUUGGCUUCGAUAAUUGAGUUGGAAUAUUUAAUAUGGAAGGAGCAUUUGGAAUCCUAUAUCUUUCUUAACGGAGAGAAUAAGUUUGAUUAUUCCUAUUCAAGGAACAACCAGCAUGAUGUAUUUAAAUGUCCUUCUAAUCUAAACCCGUAUGAUAUUCACCUUUCGAAGUAUGAUUGUGAAAAUCUACGGUUGUGUUACUUCUUGGAAGUGAUCCCUGUUGAAAUUACAAAACUGAAUGGUAAAGGGUUAAGGCAAAGUGAAUGUGUAAGCAUUGAAUUGAAGUUUCGUGACAGGCUCAGAGUAGAGGAAUUACUUCAGGCAAUUUGGACAGUCAGUCUCCCAUUGCUUGGAACUAAAGCAAUAUCGCAGAAUGAGUCCAGAAAGCAUGCAGCUUGGAGGUGGAAAAUCAGAGCGUUAUAA